AUGACAUCUCACCUCACAAAUAUACAGCUUUCGCCCAGAGAGUCCCGCGUCAUUGGCGCUCUACUCGGCGUCCACGCAGGUGACUCAUUGGGUGCGACGGUGGAAUUCUCCCUCAAUAAAGCUAUCACCAGCAAAUACCCAAACGGCCUUCGAGAUAUCAUUGGCGGAGGUCCAUUCAGCUGGCCAGCAGGGCACGCGACAGACGAUACAGAUCUGACUCGAGGCGUGUUGUUGGCUUAUCAUGACCGUUAUUGCCGCGGUAUUGAGCAGGACAUCGCCCGUCUGGCUGGCGAUCAUUUUGUCAAUUGGUUGGACGGCGACUGGCCCGAAAGAGAAAAAGGAAGUGAUCCCGAAGACAUUGGUGGAUCCACUCGGAUUGGAUUAGACUUGUACAAGAUCACAAGAGAUCCCGACAACGCUGGAAGUGGACAAGGAGGCGCCGGAAAUGGAAGUCUGAUGCGUUGCAUUCCAACUGGCCUGUUCCAAACAGACACCAAAAAGCUGAUUGAAGAGAGUCAGCGUAUCAGCAAAAUCACCCAUGACGACAAACGAUGCACCGUAUCAUGUGCAGCUUACAACACUAUUGUUUCCAAGCUCAUCGACCAAGUCCCUGUGCACCAAGCUAUCAAGGCGGGCCUUGCGGUUGCAGAGAAGCUCGAGGGCAAGCAGGGUGUUGUAUACGAGGCGAUAGAACUUGGGGAAGAACUGGACAUUGCAAGAAUGGCUCGUGAGGGGCCAUCGCCUAGACUCAGAGGACAUUGCAGUGGAUACGUGCUUGAGAGUUUAUCCCUUGCUAUAGCAGCCAUCUUGGAUCAAAGAGGUUUGGAGGAUAUUGUAGUCGAUGUUGUGCGCAUUGGGAUGGAUACAGAUACGAAUGCUGCCAUCGCAGGUGGACUUUUAGGCGCGAGGGAUGGAGCGGGAGCUAUUCCACCGCGAUGGAGAUCUGUUUUGCAGUUUGGCGAUGAGUUUGAGACGAAAGCAUUGGAACUAUUGCGUCCAGCUUAA